AUGACCUUCCUCAAGGUUAAAGUCCCGCGAGAUAAGGUGGACCAAGAGACAGGUCCAGAGGUGGACCAUGAGACAGGUCCAAAGGUGGACCAAGAGACAGGUCCAGAGGUGGAACAAGAAACAGGUCCAGAGGUGGAUCAAGAGACAGGUCCAGAGGUGGAUCAAGAGACAGGUCCAAAGGUGGACCAAGAGCCAGGUCCAGAGGUGGAUCAAGAGACAGGUCCAGAGGUGGAACAAGAGACAGGUUCAGAGGUUAACCAAGAGACAGGUCCAGAGGUGGAUCAAGAGACAGGUCCAGAGGUGGACCAAGAGACAGGUCCAGAGGUGGAUCAAGAGACAGGUCCGGAGAGGGAUCGAGAGACAGGUCCAGAGGUGGACCAAGAGACAGGUCUAGAGGUGGAUCAAGAGACAGGUCCAGAGGUGGAUCAAGAGACAGGUCCAGCGGUGGAUCAAGAGACAGGUCCAGAGGUUGACCAAGAGACAGGUCCAGAGGUGGAUCAAGAGACAGGUCCAGAAGUGGAACAAGAGACAGGUUCAGAGGUAAACCAAGAGACAGGUCCAGAGGUGGAUCAAGAGACAGGUCUAGAGGUGGAUCAAGAGACAGGUCCGGAGGUGGAUCAAGAGACAUGUCCAGUGGUGGACCAAGAGACAGGUCUAGAGGUGGAUCAAGAGACAGGUCCGGAGGUGAAUCAAGAGACAGGUCCAGAGGUUGACCAAGAGACAGGUCCAGAGGUGGACCAAGAGACAGGUCUAUAG